AGAUGUCGAAAGCGUUUCUCUUAACAAUCCUGGGCAUAUCAAUCACUUCAGUGUCGUCCUUCUCUCUCCAGCUCCCUGGAUGCACCAGAUUUGCUGUCAGGAAUGUUGCAAAUUCUUUCGUUCAGUCUCCGAGAACGGCAGCUCACACCAGUCCGUUGCAACUGAGAAUGCAGUUGGAUGAUUCUAAUAGAAAGGGCCCCAUGUGGAAUGCAAUCGAUAAGGUUGUAAAGGAAAACAAGAUCGUCCUCUUCAUGAAGGGCAACAAAGAUUUUCCUCAGUGCGGGUUUUCCAACACGGUUGUGCAGAUUUUGAACGCCUGCAACGCCCGUUAUGAAGCCGUCAACGUUCUGGAGAACGAACUUCUCCGUCAGGGUAUCAAGGAAUAUUCCAACUGGCCCACCAUCCCUCAGCUGUAUGUUGAUGGAGAGUUUCUUGGAGGAUGUGACAUCGCCAUCGACAUGUAUCAGUCCGGAGAGUUGGCCGAGAUGAUCGAAAAGGUGAUGGCAGAAUAAACAUGAAACAGCUCUUUUCUAAUACAGAGGUGAGUGAAAAGACAAGAGACGAAGGCGUCACCAGGAAGGUCUUCUAAAUCAGGCUAAUCAAUGUAACUUGUCAACUCACCAGCCACGAUCCUUUCAUAAACAACAAACCGCUGAGCAGUGUGAGUCAGUGAGCUUUGUUCCCCUGUUUCACAGAUUUCAUCUCGUCUCAUCAUAUGCUUUGCUGUGUCUUCUUUUGUAAAGCUCAGACCUGU